AACGCGAGAUUCUAGAUCACGGUAACGUUACUCCCCGGACUGGAAGGAAUGCAACAAUGCUAUGCCCAUCUAGGAACUCGGUUGAGUUUUGAGACAAAUGCGCUCGAUGAUGCGAGAGGAUGGAGCGAUGUAGAUAUUUAGUGCUAUGAGCCUGUAAUGUGUAGGGUCACGUGUAACGUGACGUAUGUCGGAUGAAUUCGUUUCUAAAGGUUUGAACUUUCCAGAUCGCGAGAUGGAGGCGAUAGCCAAGUUCCUGGGCCUGAUGAUGAUGGCGGCGGCGUGCCUGGGGCAAGAGGACUGGCAGUCGUCCUGCGAGCCCUGCAAAUGCAAAUGGGUAUCUGGGAAAAAGACCGCGGAAUGCAUCAAGGAGAACCUGACCAACGUCCCGAAUUCGCUGUCUCCGGACAUCCAGAUUCUGGACUUAACGGGUAACCGGAUCGGCCACGUAGGCUACGAGGCGUUUAGUCGCGUGAGCCUGGUAAACCUCCAAAAGCUGGUUCUACGCGAAUGUGGAAUCGAGGCGGUCCACGUGGAGGCCUUCAAGGGUCUAAAGAUCGUGAUAGAGAUCGACUUAUCGGCGAACCGCAUCAAGACCCUGCACCCCGGAACCUUUGCCCAGACCCAACGCCUUCGCGUCCUGCUGCUAAACCAGAACCAGGUCCGCAGUCUGGAGAACGGGCUCUUCCACGACCUGGAAUACCUGCAAAAGGUAGUCCUUUCCAACAACAGACUCGAGCGAAUCGGGGAGGAGACCUUCCGUAAUCUCCCAGGUCUGCAGACCUUGACGUUGGACGGCAACGAGCUCAGCAACGUCAAGCUGCAGAGUUUCGAAGGUCUGCCAAGACUGGGGAGUCUGGAGCUGCACAACAACCCCUGGAAUUGCAACUGCCACCUGAAGAAUUUCCGGGAUUGGACGAUCGAACGGAAAUUAUACACGAAGCCGACGACGUGCAAACAGCCUACGAGCUUGGUAGGGAAAAUGUGGGACGAGGUCAGCAGCGACGAGUUCGCCUGUAGGCCCAGAAUCGUGAGUCUGGGUCCAGCUCCCAGAUUGGAGGUGGACAAUGGAGACGUGCAGCUCACCUGCAGGAUAGAUGGAAUUCCCAGGCCUAAGGUGACCUGGUACCACAGGUCCAGGGCGGUGAGGAACGGGACUCGUCGACACGGUGCCGAGGCCAGGACCUACUUCAUCAAGGAGGCCUACGACUGGUCGAACCUGACCCUCGGCAACGUCACCCUGUCCGACAAGGGAGACUACGUGUGCGUGGCGACGAGUCCAGGCGGUAGAGUGGAGAGGAACGUAACUCUAAGUAUCAUCGGAGACGCCAUAGGGAGCAAGGACCACACCAUAGGUCUCCCCCUGGCUCUGGGGUUCGGGGUGAUAGCGCUCCUGCUACUCCUGGUCAGCCUAGUCCUCUGUCUAUACUAUUGUCGUCGGCGUCGAACGAGACACGACGAGAAGGCAGCCGAGGCUGCGUCUCUAGAGCACCACGGUAUGGGGGAACAAGAGAAGUCCCUGAUAACUGCGAUUAAUCCGGUGGUGAAGCCACCUAGAAGAUACGAGGCACCUUCCGUAACGUCACACGGCACGGAGAUGACGGAACUCAACCGCACCCUCCUAGACAACGAGUCCGUCUUCGCUGGCGGUAUCGGUGGAGGUGUGGGGGUGGCCGAUGACGAGCGAGAAGGAGCUACGCCAGAAUUAGAUAGGGACGGGACCCUGACAAGAGGAACCAGCUACAGGCAAUACCCCCCGGACCUGUUGGCCUUCUCCGGAGGUCGAGGAGCCUCGCCAACGAGUCAAGCCUCCACUAUCCCGGACACCUCCAGGACUAAUCAUCUUCCAGGACCCUUCGGAUCCCCCUCGUCGUCCCAGUACUCGGCAGCUUUCAAGACGCUCCCCCACAACCGCAGCGGAACACCCUUCACGGCUGGGGUGCCGCCCGUUAUGCCAAGACACGGAUACGUCACGAUACCCAGGAGACCCAGGGCACCUAGUUGGAGCAGUGGACCGCCAACCUCCCCAGGGGACACCCUGGAACCUGUCUACGAUAACCUGGGACUGCGCACCACUGCCGAUGGCAGUUCCAAGCUGUCCCUGAACAAGAGUCCGGAACCUGGGAACCCCAGGUCCAGAGUUCCCCUGACCGCCACCCCUGUUCCCCAGUUGUAUGGCACCAUUCAGAGGAGUACUCCCAACAUUUUGGGCAGCAGCAGUCCGGUGGAUAGGUCAGCUCCCGAGGGAGCUCCCGAGUGGCCCAGCAAGGUCCUGGACGAGGUAGAUACCCAAUCGAACGCCGGUACCCUGGGCAGGAAGGUUCCUCCUCAACCGCCCCCAAAACCCAAGAAAAGGACCCUCAAUGGACCCUUGUACGAAGACGAAGGCGAGGAUGGGACGGAGGUGUGACUCCUCGAGAUCGUUUCAUUGCUACCACCGGUAGUGCCUUCAGCUGGUAACGAUUGUAAAGGACGAUCGUGAUCGGCACGGGAUGGGGCUUCCAGGUGAGGUGCGCACCUGGGACCUCCAGGGCGCGUCUUGUCCCAGGGGACGCUUGCGCUCCGGGCGGUGAUCCUUAACCCUCUUCUUUAUACUUUAUCUCGUCAACUAGGCGACUCGCUAUCGAAGGGAUUUAUAUGAAUUGAACCGAAUGGACAACCAAGAUCCAAGGUACCGGGGAAGGUUGUCUGAUACUCAUCGACGAGGAACCGAAGACGUUGACGUUUAUCGCCAACGUGAAACGAUCAAUGGAGGGCAUUAAUGUCUGACGAGAGAUCGAUAUACCAGACCACUCCGAGUAGAUAAAUGGGGUCCAGGCACAGUCCUGGGGUCGAAAGGGGAAACAGCGACGACAUGUCGGAAAGAACGACUGCUACCAACCGGAAAACGACGACCAAAAGAAACUAUCGCAUCCAAAGCCUUCGGACAUCUUCAUCUAAAAGAAGACCACGUUCCGGCACCUCCAGUUUCACCGACGCUAAACCGAGUUUUCUCCUCCGGCGAAACUCUUCACCGGCAACCAAUCCUAGUUUCUGUUUCCUCCGAGAACUCGGCCGGAAAGAGAUAAGACUGGAAAAGGAACGUCGCCGUUCUCAGGACGAAUUCGUUGACCCGGAAGAACCCGAGCAAUGUGCGAAUCGCUGAAGCCAGUCCAUCAAUAGGACCCGAGCGUAGAGGCAAAGCUGGACAUCGGGAAGGAAUCUGGACGACUGGAAGGAACGGGAUUCUUUUCAUAAGAAAGUCGAACAAGGCUGCCCUACUUCCUCGCGACCUCGAUCCACCAUUGUCCAGGACUCUGCAAUCGACUAACGAACUCUCGGGCCAUCGAUCGCGCCAUUUUAACUGACUAAGCCUCGCACGAAGCGUAACUCUUUGACCAAACCUGGACAGGAGUCUACAUCCUAAGCCUAAUAUACGCGGAUUAAACGCGCGGUUUUAUCAAACCUUCGACGUAAACGAUCAUCCAUGUCGAGGUUUCUCUUAAGAAUCUCUCAGUUGAUGUCGCCAAUUUAGCUCGGAGAUUUGUUACUGGACGUCGGUUUACCCGACAUCGAUAGGUCGACUCUCGAACGACCGUGCCGUGACCACGUCUCGUUAGGAGCCCGUUCUGCACGCGACUGCACGCGCGCUCUCGUCCUGGAGGUCCAACUUUUAACAAUUGAUUCUUUUGCUUUUUCCCCGACCACUGAUCGCGUUACCGAGUCCAGGCACCGUGGAAGAAUUCCUUAAAUCGAUUCUCAAACUGUUUGGAACAGAGUAUCUCCACCCCCGACAGGGCAGAACUCCCGGAGUUUCCAUGGGGAGAUUUGUGCCGCGCAGGAAACUUCGCAGGCCGAAUUUAAUGACUCGGAAGGAGUCGUUGCUCUUCUGGAAUGGAAGAGUAACUUGCACUUCUGUCCGUACACGUCAACGAAGGAACGCUUCAUUUAUUCGGGCGUAAACUCGAGAAACGUGCAACGUAAAUGUCCGAGACUCUGGGACUCCGGUUAAUUUUUUUUUCUUUUUUUUUUCGCGUUACUCUUUCUUGGCCAAUGAUCAAAUUAGCGCGUGUAAAUCCAAGGAAUUAAACGAGAUGGGAGGUUUCGUAAAGUCUUUUCUCCGGGCGAGUCCACAUUUCGCGCAGUUGGUUGUAAACCCAUCUAAAACGUGGUGCAGAAUUUCAAGGUGGAUAAGCGCUGGACCAAGAGGGAUAUCUGAUCUCAAAAAAGAGCUUACUCCCGUCUCGGCGGAGAAUCUUCUUUCCCACUGCUCGCAUUAUCUCGGAUUUUCCGUGGCACGGCCGAGGAAUUUUCCGGCUGGAGAUUUAUUGUCAGGGCCACGGGUCGUUACACUUUUUCUCCUUUUCUUCCGCGGCUUAACGCGCCAUUCAUCCAGGUUUUACCCUCGGUUUUUAAGUGAUCACAACUUGUUGCGAGGAGUCGCACUUUUGUACCUGGAUUCUCCUCCUUAAGGCGACGUGAAAGUCCCAUCCGAGAAAAGUCAAUCGUUCGUGAAACUUUUCGUAGACGUGGACGUUCUCCUUCAAAUAGAAAAUAAGUGCAUCCUUUUACGGCCCUCCUAUUUUCCUUUCCGCACAAACUCCACGUUUUACUCGGAUAGAUCAUAAUUGGUAUAAUCCACGUCACCAGUCAGUAUUAAGCCGAACAUACAUGCGUCGAAUUCGCGUUAAAGUUCUUCCGCUUCCUCCUUUGAAGUACGCUUCGCACAAAAUUCCGCGUUUAAUCUAAGUAGGGAACGAAAAUUCGUCGACCGAGCAAAUUGCAAAAAAAUCCAUCGUCCUCGACGUGACGAGCCCACGGCAUAAACCACAUCGACCGAUCAGUAUUAAGCCGGAGAUGCGUUGCGUUAAAUGCACGACACGAAGAUUUCGAGAGAAAGAGAGACCCGCCAUGUCCUUCCGCGUUAACAUAGGAAGGAUUAAGAUCGAAACUGGCAGGAUGACUUCUCUCUUUCUCUCUCGUAGACCUCGUGGAUCUAAGAAGAAACGCAUAAAGUGAGACUUAACACGCGGCGGCCAUCUUGCGUUGCCACGCUUAUCGACGCUAUCUUAAAAAUCCGCAAACGUCGUCACCGAGAAUGUACCCGCGAGGUCUUAAAAGAUAGGAUAAAUCUUUUUUAUUACAAUGGUUAGGGUAAGCUUCGAUUUUCUUUAUACUCCUUCAAGACUCGACCGGUAGAAAUUAAAGAUGGCCGCCGCCCGCGCGACUCCUCUCCUCUUUCUUCCCAGAUCCAUACAUAGUAUCGGAAAAUGACGAGGAUAGGUGAGAAUGUAGGGAUAGGCGAUGCAGCUACUGCAAACAAGCCCUGAGAGCAGCAUGGUCGUGUUUUAGGAGAAGCGGCCUAAUAGUCGCGGCCCACAAGCCCGACCAACGACCUCGGCGUCACAUACUGUACAUACACCCACUUUUGUGCACACACCCACACUGUUCAUAAAUCUGUACAUGCGACCGGCCCGAGGAUGAAAACGCACGCCGCGGUCGUUGGUGUACGGCGCCGCGAAUAUAUUUUUGUAAUUUUGUAUUUUGACGUCUCCGAAGCGUCCGACCCACGACCUACCGCAACCGAGCCAGCGAGCCCCGAGGUAGAGAGAAAAGAGAGAUAUAUCGCACCAAUGUAAUCCUAUCAACAAUUCACUCGAAAAUGUUGAAUAUACGAGAGCGAGGUUUCGAGAUACACCCCAAAUCGGAGGAAAUUAUUACAGAAAUAUGCCGAUCAUUAUGAAAGUGGCCCGAUUGCAAAUUCAAGUUGAAAUCACUUACUAACACGCGAAGAAAGGCUUCAGUUAAUGUUACCAGAUAUUCCCGUUUAAAAGAUUUCUACGCGAGGAAGAAAUUUUCAUUGAACCAGGGAAAUGUUUCUACGGUACCAACAUUUUUUUUUACUUAGCCACUUUAAUAUUUAUCGGCAUAUAUUACGAGACACGACCUAAGACUCGCUGCAGCCAGAAUGGCCGACGCGCUAUUAGUUCGAAUCGAGGUCUCCCUAAGAGAGAGAAAAAUCGAAACCUUCCGUUUUAAUUGUCGCUUAGGUGUAAUAAAUGUCUCGG